AUGGGCCGGGCCAAGAGGGUGAAAAGAGCACCUGCACGAAGUGGGGAAUCAUCUUGCCAUCCAACUCGUGAUUCUCUUAGCAAUCGUUUGACUCCCUCGCCUGAAGCUGCAGAGGGCAGGCCUGGUGCAUUGGUGAGAGCUGUCUCCCCUAGGUCGUGGGUUCGAAGCAGCCGCUCCGUAGAUUUUGCGAGGGAAGGCUUGCCUCGGUUUUUCCCUUCCCCAGACCCUACUCAUGUGGGAGCCUCCGGCACUGGGUGUUCAGUUAGAUUGAUUCAUGAAGUUGUAUCCAAGUUUGAUUUGAAGAAGAGGGAUCUUGUAAAAUCUACUGGUUUUGAAGGCAUAUUACAUUUUCCUUGUAUCAAGCAGAUAAACAGGAAGUUUGGACUUUGGCUUAUGAGUUGUGUUGACGAGUCGUCCCAGACACUUGUCAUCGGUGAUAAUAUCGGGAUCAAAUUUUCUAAAGAAGACGUUGGAAAGGUUAUUGGAAUACCCUGUGCUGGCAAGAGGAUAUUAGACAAUCGGUUAUCUACACGAUGUGUCAAGUGGUAUAAAUUUCCCAAAUGUUACAGGUUGCUCCAUGUUUUUGCAGGUAUUUUACUUAGUGUUGACCUAGGCGACCUGUCAAUGGUACACAGUUCAUUUCCUAGGAUAAGGGAAUUUUCGUACGAUAAGCUGCGUGUCAUGAUACGUGCCGAUAAGAAUUAUUCCAAAUAUCUUAAUGCAAAUGAUGAUGCCCCGCAUGUCAAGCUGAGGGAUGCAGCUGAAUGUUGCUAUUAUUGGGCUGCACAUUCUUCACCAGGUUCUGACGUGUCUAGAAGCGACUGUCUUUUAGCCAUUUGGGAAUCUUCAGUUGCUAUGGCUCCGCUGUUAGACAUUCCAAUGGAGGCCGCUGGUCCUUUGUUUGUCGCAGCUGCCGAUUUUCAGGAUCAGAUAAAUUCUGGCCUUUCUGUAUCCGGUAUUCACGCAAUCAAGUUCAUGACAGUGCUUGUUUCAAUCAUGCUGGCAUACAAAGAUGGGUUUAGCUAUCAAUUCACUCUUGAUGAAGAACAUAUGAGAGCUGUUGGCUCCAGCCCUGAUGUGAUUGCAUCUGCAGUAUCAAGUGGUAUACGACUUAUCUCUGUUCCUAUUAGUAAGAAGCGGAAACAUCUUGACAGCCCGGUUUCAUCUGCAGAGGUCAACAACCCUCGUGCUAACCCAGAUUCUCAUGCUGAACCAUCUAAUUCCCAUGAUGCAUCUUCUUCUAAACAAGUCCAUCGCAGUUUGCAUCAUAGGAUUAUUGGUGACAAUGUGCAAAGGUCAUUUAAAGCUGCUAUGUCAUCGCUGGAUGACAUGCCACACCAGCUGAAUGUGAACCUUCGUGUAGGCACCGUAAUGUCUCAGUUCUAUUCAUUGGUUAGAAGGCUCAAGUUGCCAGCAGAUAUUGAUCUUAAUGCGAUUGCUUUUGAUGAUUCGAAUGCUUCACAUGGAACUAAACAAUUUGGAACCAGUACUUUUAGUUCACCGCCGUCACCUUGGGCUCUUGGAUAUUCGUGGAAGACCAACGACGUGAACGCGUCGGAUGUUUUUGCCAAGCUCCACCGUGUCCGAGAUGAUGAAGGCUUUAUUAUUGUAUACAGGAAUCCCAAGCACAUACAAGUUUCUGUCCGUUCUUUCCGUUCUCAGAUUUUAGGCAUGUCUGAGAUGGAAUUGGACUUGUUUGAUGCAAUAAUUCGCCUUGUCAAACAGGAUGAUGAUGCACUAUAUCAAUCUGUAUCUAAUAUGAGAUGGAGGCGUUUCUUUGAGUCAGACUUUAUGGAGUCAAUUAUGUCCGGAUCUUUUGACUUGUCUGCUACCAAGCUCCGCCAUCACUUCUCGCUGUGUAACAUGUCAUAUGAUUUAAGCAAUUGCAAACUUCUAGCAAUGCGCACAGUCUCUCGAACAAUGUUUCAAGGAUGGCACAAUGAAUGGACCUCUGCAGAAUUGCAAAUUAUGACGUGGUUGGACAAAUCUGUUCCAUGUUCUAAUAGAACUGGAGCGCUAUGUGCUCUUUUCUGUCAUUGUUUUGACGGUGCUGAUCUAACCCCGAGCCUGAAAUCGGUUGACCGCCAGAUGGUGGAGGCAAACCUUUCUCAGCAAGCUUGA